AUAACGCGCCAAUUAGGGACCAUGAGCCAGCUAUUCUUGAUCAAGAUGAAAGAAUUCAUGAAAGAAUUUUUAGACAAAUCUCGGGGUUUUUACGUAACAGGUUUUUUCACGGCAAUAGAGUUAACGCGCCAGUUAGGAACAAUGAGCCAGCUAUUCUUGAUCAAGACGAAAGAAUUCAUGAAAGAAACAAUUUUCGCGACAAUAGAGCUAAUAACGCGCCAGUUAGGGAAAAUGAGCCAGUUGUUCAUGAUCAAGAUGAAAGAAUUCAUGAAAGAAACAAUUUUCACGACAAUAGAGCUAAUAAUGCGCCAGUUAGGGAAAAUGAGCCAGUUGUUCAUGAUCAAGAUGAAAGAAUUCAUGAAAGAGCUAAUAACGCACUAGUUAGGGACAAUGAGCUAGCUGUUCUUGAUUACGAAAGAAUUUAUGAAAGAGCUGAUAACGCGCCAAUCAGGGAUAAUGAGCCAGCUGAUCUUGAUCAAGGCAAAGGAAUUUAUUUUGAUCUGUCCAAUAUAAAAUUCAUCGACGACGACGAGAAAGCUGACGAAGACGAGCCAUCCAUUAAUAACGGAGCGCGCGGGAGAGGUUGCAGAAACUGACGGCACUGAAGAAGAUCCAGCCCCGCGAUAUCCAGGCCAUUUUACAUCACAGAUAAACGAUGCGGUAACGUCUAUGAGCGAGGAUUCCACUGCAAGAGACGUGACGAAUGGCCAAAUUACAGUUCCUUUGGCGGACAAGGAAUUGAGCACGAAUGCCUUCUCUACGAAACUUUGCAACGAUAUGAUUCCUAAAGGAUUAACAAAAGAGGCAGCCUCUAUUGCAACAAAUAAUAAUUACUAAUUAUUAUGUUAAAAAUAUUGAUUAAUUUACUAUAAAUAUUUUUAAUACGAGAAACAAUUUUCGCGACAAUUGAGUUAAUAUCGAGCUAAGGGACAA